UACAAAGAUAGUUUAUACAGACAGGAAGUGACCUUUGUUCCAGGAAGCUCUUCCACCAUCUUGAGGUCAUUCUUCCACUGGGCAGGCAGCAUGUAUCUAUCUCUCCCAUGAGGUUUGGGACAUCAUCACCUUUUCACAGACUAAAAUAAAGUUGGAGUCCUCUGGUGGACAAUACAAGCAUGGGCUUCUGUUUACUGGAGUCUCUAACAAGUGUUUAGCUGUCCGUUUAGAACCACACAUAGUCAGUGUUUUGAGAGCGGAACAGUGAAAAGGUGAUAGCACAACAAGCUUGGAGAUAGUAGUUGCUGCACAGACAGAAUGAGUCUAAGAUCAGGAAGUCAGUAUAAUGCUGAAGAUCAGCUACCCGGGACACAUCAAGGCAGGGAGAGCGCGCCAAGUGUCCAGCAGGAUGAUGUACGCUCACGCUCAUCUAGAUCAGCAAGGUCCAGUCAGAUUUCAUCAGCAAGUGCCCUUUUUGCCAGGGCUCGCGCCAAAGCAGAGGCUGCUCGCGUUCAGCUAGAAUUUGCUGAGAAAGAGGCUGCCAUUAUGAAGGAAAGAUCAGAGAAAGAGGCUGCCAUUAUGAAGGAAAGAUCAGAGAAAGAGGCUGCCAUUAUAAAAGAAAAAACUGAACAGGAAGCAAAGUUGCAUAUUCUUCAACGUCAGUGUGCAGCCGCUGCUGCAGCAGCAGAAGCAGCAGCUUAUGCGGAUAUUGAGCGGUCUGGAAUGGAAUCUAUCCACGAAGGCCCAGAUGUGCCCGAGAAACCGCUUUCCUCUGCAGAACGCACUAGGGCGUAUGUCCAAGAUAUUUCAAGUGGCAGCUCAACAAUACCGUUUCUCAAUCCAAAGUCAGCUGAAUUUAAACCAAAACCAUCAGUACUCCUGAGCGCACGAAAACAAACCCAUGAGGCUGGCAGUACCAGAGUGAUAAAAGAAGAAUCCUCACCGCAGCAACCCAAACACCAGAGCAUGCAAGACGUCACUAAAUAUCUUAUCCGUAAAGAAAUGGUUAAUACAGGCUUCCUCAAGUUUGAUGAUUGCCCAGAAAAUUACUGGGCAUGGAAGGCUUCUUUUCUGAAUGCAGUCAAAGACUUGGACUUAACAGCAGCUGAGACGCUAGACCUGAUGGUAAAGUGGCUUGGGUCUGAGUCUGCAGAGCAUGCAAGAAGGAUGCGCAGGAUACACCUAUUUAACCCUUCAGUAGGACUCGAUAUGGCCUGGCAAAGGCUAGAAGAAAGAUAUGGAUCACCAGAGGCAAUUGAAGGUGCUCUGAUGAAAAGACUGGAGUCUUUCCCUAAGCUAAACAGCAAAGACAAUUUAAAACUGCAAGAGCUGGGUGAUAUUCUUUGGGAAGUCCAGUGUGCCAAAGAAGAAGGUUAUUUAAGGGGACUUGCACAUUUAGAUACUGCCAACGGUACUAAGCCUAUAGUGGAGAAACUACCUCACCACCUGCAAGAGAAAUGGGUGAGUGUUGGAGCUAAAUACAAAGAAGAACAUGGUGUCCCCUUCCCCCCUUUCUUUGUGUUUUCUAGGUUUGUACAGCAGCAAGCUAAGAUGAGGUGCGAUCCCAGUUUUUCCUUCAUCACCAGCAGCCAACUGCCUAAGGCAGAAAAGCCACCUAGAUCCUACAAUAGGACUUCAGUGAUCACCCACAAGACAACAGUUCCCUCUGAGGACCCAGGAGAUUCAAGCAGCUACAAGGUAAACACCUUUGAAGGCCCUGACAGACUUUGCCCACUUCAUAAAAAGCCCCAUCCUCUAAACAAGUGCAAAGGGUUCAAAAGUAAACCUAUCAAGGAAAGGUUAGCCUUUCUUAGACAAAACGGCAUAUGCUUCAAGUGUUGUGAAUCCACCAAACAUAUAGCUAAAGACUGCAAAAUACAAGCAAAUUGCUCAGAAUGUGGCAGUGACAGACACAUCUCAGCUCUGCACCCCAAUACUUUGCAUCAACCAUUAGAGGUCACUGAAACCCCAAAAGAUGAGGGCAGGGAGCAAAAAGAUAAAUCAGCUAUCCCAGUAAUGUCCAAAUGCACUGAAAUCUGUGGUGACAGUACAAAUCCACGCUCAUGUUCCAAGAUCUGCCUAGCAACAGUGUACCCCACAGGGAAAAGAGAAAAGGCAGUAAAGAUGUAUGUGGUUCUGGAUGAACAAAGUAACAGGUCGCUGGCAAGGUCAGAAUUUUUUGAUGCCUUCAACAUUACAUCAAGUGCAGUUCCAUACACCCUAAAGACAUGUGCAGGAGUGAUAGAAACUUCAGGGAGAAGAGCUACUGACUUUACUAUUGAGUCUCUUGACAAGAGGAUCCAUCUCUCACUUCCCACUUUGAUAGAGUGUGAUAUGAUACCAGAUGAUAAAUCAGAGAUCCCUACACCAGAAGUGGCCCUUCAUCAUCCUCAUCUUAAUGCAAUAUCUCACCUUAUUCCAGCUGUCCAGACAGACGUCUCUAUUCUUCUACUUCUUGGAAGAGACAUUCUACAGGUGCAUAAGGUACGCCAACAAAUUAAUGGACCAUUUAAUGCCCCCUAUGCGCAAAGACUUGACUUGGGGUGGGUUAUAGUAGGAGAAGUUUGUUUGGGAGCAGCUCAUCGGCCUGACAGUGUCAACACUUCUAAGACAUCUGUGUUAACAAAUGGACGCACGUCCCUUCUCAGUCCAUGCCAAAACAGCUUUGUUGUUAAAGAAACCCUAAAACCAUACUGUGGCUCUCCUUCCAGUUAUGAUAGGAAUAUUAGUAGUGGUCUGAAGACCGACAAUUUAGGGAACUCAGUGUUCCAGAAGACAAAAGAUGAUGACAAACAAGCAAUGUCCAUAGAUGAUCAAACCUUUCUCCACAUCAUGGAUAAAGAGACUUUCCAAGAUAAGAACAACAAUUGGGUAGCCCCUUUACCUUUUCGCAAACCAAGGUGUUAUUUACCUAGUAACAGAGAGCAAGCCAUGAAGCGCUUAAACACACUACGCAAAACUUUGCAAAGAAAGCCUGAAGUGAAAAAAGACUUUACAGAAUUUAUCAAAAGGAUGCUGGACAAUAAUCAUGCUGAAUUAGCACCAUCACUGGAUAAAGGUAAAGAACACUGGUAUCUGCCAAUGUUUGGCGUUUACCAUCCACACAAGCCAGAUCAAAUAAGAGUUGUGUUCGAUUCCAGUGCUCAACAGGAAGGCAUUUCACUAAAUGAUGUACUGCUGAGUGGCCCAGACCUAAAUAACACACUUCUGGGUGUCCUCUUACGCUUCAGGAAGGAGCCUAUUGCCUUCACAGCUGAUGUGCAACAGAUGUUUUAUUGUUUUCUAGUGAGAGGACCAUCGAGACUACCUGCGUUUCCUGUGGUACAAGGAUAA